AUGGCAGAUAAAUUGACGCUUGAUAAAGUUGCUAUGAAGGAUCGUGCAACAGCACAUCUUCGAAUAUAUGUUGGGGGGCUUACCGAUGACGCCAAUGUAGACGAACUAUACAACCAUUUUAUAGAGUAUGGUCAAAUUGACGGUAUCAUAAUAAACAGAAUAUUCGGAUUUGUACAGUUUCAACAGGAAUCAAGCGCUAAUGAAGCUAUAGCAAAAGCUAACGGAAGUGUUUUUCAAGGCAAAAAGAUAACAGUUAGAGCAGCCCUUAGAAAUAGUGGACCAAAACCGGAAACAGAAGCAGUACCAAUUAAAAACGACAUUCCACCUGUCGCACCUCUCAGUGAUAACAAAAUGCCUGUUCCAGAAGAGGUUCCUGAAGAGCAAUACGAUAAUUAUGGAAACUAUGAUCAGGGUUAUAGAGAAGAAGAUUAUGACGAUGGUUACAAGGGUUGGAACGAGCGGGAUGUGGCUCGUGGUGGUUUGCGGGGCAGAGGCCGCGGUAGAGGCAGAGGGAGAGGAAGUAUAAGAGAUAAUGAUGCUAGAGGAUUCAGGGACAGAUCACCACUAAGAGGUGACUGGCCCGAAAGAAACUUUGACAGAUAUACUCAACCUGAUUAUCCAAGAGCAUUACCGGUACCUGAAAGGAAUGACUGCGAAAUUAUCGUCGUAUCAAAAGCUUUAACAGAAUAUGCAGAGUACAUAGAAGAACGUCUGAAGAGAUUAGGCAUAGUCGUAGACCUUUUAUUUCCCAUGGAAGAUGUACCAAUAGGCAAAGUGCUUGGGAACAUUGCGUCACGUGGAUGUCUUUAUGCGAUACUAGUUAUGCCAACAAACCUUGAACAUAGGUCUCUCACGCUGACCAUUCUACAUGGACUACCACAAGAGCACCGCAACAUGCCUAUAGAGGAUGCGUUGACGUUAAUGUCGCGCAACUUCCAAGAAGUGCAGCGAGGUGGCGCGCGUGGCAGGGAGGCGGUGUACGCUCUGCUAGGGCAAUUAGCUGACGGACGAGCUUUGACCGUGUUGCAAUAUGAUAAGGUCAUCGAAUACUUACAGGAACGCAGAGAGCAACAGGUUAAAAUAGAAUUAGGUGAGCCAACGCCGGCACCGAACAACAAGACUCAAGUUGAUUUACAACAAAGAAUAUUAAGUAUACUCAAUGACAAGAAGACGAAAACUGAAUCACCUCCCGCCCCCUCCCCGCCUAAGCCAGAACAAAAUAAACUUCUAAAUGACCCAACAGUCAGAAAGGCUUUAGAUUCAAUCUUGCAGAAGUUCAUAUAA